CCCGCCCGGGAGGAGUGACUUUUCUGAGGGGGGACGUUCUGCAGCCAACAACCGCUAAUGCUUCUUCUCUUCAAACCACUCCGAGGAACUGAGACAAGUCUACCAAUCGCCACUCUAUGUUUGUAUGAAAACAUGCCACACAUUUUUCAACAUUUGUGUGAAUGAGUUUGGAUCAGUAGGGAUCAAUAGGAUAAACGGAACAUGAUGGUGUGUGCUGAGCUGGGUUAAAACGAUGGGAGGAGACCUGGCCCUAAGGAACGGCCCUCGCUAGGAACCCUCCCUCCUCCUCCUCCUCUUCCUCCUCUUCCUCCUCCUCCUCUGCUGCCCAGGCGUCUGCGCAGCCCCCGUUCCGAGCCCCUGGCAGUCAUGGCCAAUCACCUUGAGCUGCUGAACGAGCUGCAGCAGCUGGACAAGGUGCCCAGCCUGGAGCGACUGCGGGCGGCCCAGAAGCGCCGGGCGCAACAGCUGAAGCGAUGGGCCGCCUACGAGAAGGAGAUGCAGAGCAAGAAGCGCAAGGCCGACAAGCAGCGUCGCAGCGGCGGCCUCCAUGCCCUGCAUGCCGAGAGCCGCAAGCGCGUCUCCUUCUCGGCCAGCGUGGCGCUGCUGGAGGCCUCGGCCAGGAACGAUCCAGACGAAGUGCGCUACCUACUGAAGAACAACGUCAGCCCAGACCUGUGCAACGAAGAUGGCCUCACUGCUCUGCACCAGUGCUGCAUAGAUAACUAUGAGGAGAUGGUGAAGAUCUUGCUGGACCGCGGGGCGAACGUGAACGCCCAGGAUAAUGAGCUGUGGACGCCGCUACACGCUGCCGCCACCUGUGGCCACGCCGGCCUGGUCAAGAUCCUCAUCCAACAUGGAGCGGACCUGCUAGCCGUCAACUCCGACGGCAACAUGCCCUACGACCUGUGCGAGGACGACCCUACCCUAGACAUCAUCGAGACCGCCAUGGCCAACCGAGGCAUCACCCAGGAGAUGAUCAAUGAGACGCGGGCGUCCGUGGAGAGGAGGAUGCUGGGAGACAUCCAGAGUCUUCUGCGAGAUGGCGAGGAUGUGAACCAGCACGACUCCCAAGGAGCAACACUGCUCCACAUCGCGGCGGCCAAUGGCUACGUCCAGGCUGCAGAGCUGCUUCUGGAAGGCGGGGCGCGGACCGACCAGCGGGACUCUGACGGUUGGCAGCCGCUUCACGCCGCGGCCUGCUGGGGCCAGAUGCAGGUGGCAGAGCUGCUCGUGUCUCAUGGUGCCAGCCUCAAUGCCAGGACCUACCUAGAUGAAACGCCCAUAGACUUGUGUGAGGACGAGGAGUUCAGGGCCGUUCUGCUGGAUCUGAAGCACAAGCACGACAUCAUUAUGAAGUCCCAGCUGAAGCACAAGACCUCCCUGUGCAGGCGAACGUCUAGUGCAGGCAGCCGUGGGAAAGUGGUGAGGAGGGCCAGUCUGUCCGACAGGCACAACCUGUGCCGCAAGGAGUACGAGACGGAGGCCAUUGUGUGGAGAGGAGGCCGCGAGGAGGAGGACCGAGAGAAGGAGUCCGAUCAGGAACACAGCCGCUCAGCCAAGGGCAGGCCUCAGAGGGUCCUGAAGGACGGGGUCAAGCAGAACGGCUGCAUCUCCACCACCACCUCCACGCCAGCCCACCCUCCGUCCAACGGCGAGCCUCCGACCGGCCCGGACCCACCCCAGCCCGCAGCCGCGUCAGUGCCGUCGUCGUCGUCCUCGCCCGCCGAGGAGCCCUGGCCCUCACGGGAGCGCGCCCAGACGCUGUCCGAGCUCAAGAAGCAGCGGGCAGCCGCCAAGCUCCUCAACCACCCACUGCUCAACGGCCAUCUUGGCAACGGCUCGGCCGGCUCGCUGGACAGCUCGCUCUGCGGCGGCGGCAGUGGCGGUGGCAGCGGCAGCCCCAAGGACUCCCGCAUGCCCCUGGUGUCGUCCAACGGCAGCGCCGUCUACUUCACGCCGGCCAGUGGUGACCCGCCGCUCCUCAAGUUCAAGCAGCCCGUCGAGGAGGAGCAGAUCAAAGGCAACAGCUGCUGCUGCAUCUCGUAAGGUGUGGGAGGCCUUGUGAGUGUGUUUGUGUGUGUGUGUGGGUCACACUACAAGUGGAAAAGAACGGAGUGAAGCAGCAGCAGCAGUGCACUGUGCAGAGAGUCGGUCAGUCGGACAGACGCCAGAGAGGAGGAAAGCCAUGCUGGAGCUGGAG